AUGGCGACGUUAAUCAGAAGCAAGCUUUCUAAUAAACUGACAAAUGCAGCCACGGCUGUGUCCAACAAAUCCCAGGCAAAGGUGAGCGGGAUGUUCGCCAGGAUGGGGUUCCAGGCCGCCACCGACGAAGAGGCGCUGGGCUUCGCCGCCUGCGAUGAUCUGGACUACGACCACCGGCAAGGCAUGCAGAUGGACAUUUUGACAUCCGAUGAGAUGGGAGGAGAAGGGAGCGGAGACGGAGGCGCGCUGGAGGGGGACAGCCACUACCAGAGGGACGGCACCGGACCGCCGCACUCCGCCUCAAAGGACGGGGGUUCGACGAACGAGUUGACUGAAGUCAGACCAAGAAUCACCGCUUGGGAGGCGGGCUGGAACGUUACGAACGCAAUCCAGGGGAUGUUUGUUCUCGGGUUGCCUUACGCCAUCCUGCACGGAGGAUACCUCGGACUGUUUCUCAUUAUUUUCGCCGCCGUGGUGUGCUGUUACACGGGGAAAAUCCUCAUUUCCUGCCUGUACGAGGAGGACGAAGACGGGCAGCUCGUCCGUGUGAGGGACUCCUAUGUUGACAUUGCCAACGCCUGCUGCGCGCCCAGGUUCCCGGCUUUAGGUGGUCAUAUCGUGAAUGUAGCCCAAAUCAUAGAGCUAGUGAUGACUUGCAUCCUGUACGUGGUUGUCAGCGGUAAUCUCAUGUACAACAGUUUCCCCAACAUGCCGAUUUCCCAGAAGUCGUGGGCCAUCAUCGCUACCGCCGCUCUCCUCCCCUGCGCCUUCCUCAAGAACCUGAAAGCCGUCUCCAAGUUCAGCUUGCUGUGCACGAUGGCCCACUUUGUCAUCAACAUCCUGGUGAUCGCGUACUGCCUCUCUAGAGCGAGGGACUGGGCCUGGGACAAGGUCAAGUUUUACAUCGAUGUCAAGAAGUUCCCCAUCUCCAUUGGGAUUAUCGUGUUCAGCUACACCUCGCAGAUCUUCUUGCCGUCUCUGGAGGGGAACAUGCAGAACCGGGCCGAGUUUCACUGCAUGAUGAACUGGACUCACAUCGCUGCCUGCAUCCUCAAGGGCCUGUUCGCCUUGGUGGCCUACCUGACCUGGGCCGACGAAACCAAGGAGGUCAUCACAGACAACCUGCCCCCGACCAUCCGAGCUGUCGUCAACCUCUUCCUCGUGGCCAAAGCUUUGCUGUCGUAUCCGCUGCCGUUUUUUGCUGCCGUCGAGGUAUUAGAGAAAACGUUUUUCAACGACGGAGGACGCGCGUACUUUCCAGAUUGCUACGGAGGCGAUGGACGCCUAAAAUCCUGGGGACUCACUCUCCGAUGUAUUCUUGUUGUGUUCACCUUGCUCAUGGCGAUCUAUGUGCCACAUUUCGCCCUCCUCAUGGGUCUCACCGGCAGCCUGACAGGCGCAGGCCUUUGCUUUCUGCUUCCCAGUCUCUUCCAUCUCAAGCUUUUAUGGAGAAAGCUGCUAUGGCACCAGGUUUUCUUCGAUGUCGCCAUCUUUGUAAUAGGAGGUAUAUGCAGCAUAUCUGGUUUCAUCCAUUCAAUGGAGGGGCUCAUAGAGGCUUUCAAAUAUAACAUAGAAGAGUAG